AUGGCCAAGUCCAGCCGUUCGAAGUGGAAGAAGUUGCACCGGCGCCAGCGGGCGCAGGCGGAGGCGACGAACACGGUGAAGCGCAUUCGGCAGCUGAACAAAAAGCUCGAGCUCACGGUCAAGGGCGGUAUCAGCGCCGUGCCGCCGCAGGAGCCGGAGAGGCACUUCCAUUUUCUCAACCCGGUGCUGGACUCGCGGGUGCCGAACACGCGCAAGAACCUGAAUAACAACUACCGUGCGGAGCUGAACAACAUCUCGUACGACUACACAAAGCCUCUGAGGCUGGCGCCGCCAAAGACCAACGUGUACGGCAAGACGGACGUAGACGCGCCGCAUCCGAUGACGGUGGUGUACGAAACGGUCGACGCCGACGCCCCGUUGGCGGGUCACGCGCUAACCAAGGCGGACAUGGAACGGCUGGCGCGUCGGCAGGCGCAGCGGGAGAGUGAGGCGUCCGCCGCGGUGGCCGAUGCGGAGGAGGAUGCCGGCGAAGAAGCCGGUAGCAACAACAGCGGCAACAACAACGCUGACGACGGCCCGGAGGAAUACGUAUUUGGCAUGGAAGACGCCGCGCCGCGCCGUGCACGCGGGCAGCAGAAAGCAAGUGCCAAGAAGAAGGCAUCUGUGGCGCCGAAGGCACGGAAGGGUGCCGCAUCGGCCCCCGCCGGAGCCUCCUCGGCUGUGUCGGUGGCCAGCUCCAGCAGCCGCAUGCUCGCAGCGGCGGCAGCCGCGAUGGUCAAUGAAGAGGAGGAAGCCGACCAUCACCCCCGUAACGGCGGCGUGACGGCGGCGAAUAAGAUCGCGAGCAUGCAAACAAUGCGGAAGAAGAACGGCACAAUGAUCUCCGCCGGCGGUGCGUCGAAGAUGAAGAAGGUAGGGAAGCUAGGCGGCUCGAGCGGCACCCGUGUUGUGAGCAGCGGCGGCAAGGUAGCGCGAAAGGACCUGGGCAACGCGAAGAGCAGCAGCAAGAGGUGA